AUUUUGAAGAUAAACUUACUAAACAAGAGAGAAAAUGACUAUAAUGGGAAAGAGCAAAGUUCUAGUUGUGGGGGGUACUGGAUAUAUUGGUAGGAGAAUAGUGAAAGCAAGUUUAGAACAAGGUCAUGAAACCUAUGUUCUUCAACGUCCAGAUAUAGGGCUUGAAAUUGAGAAAGUGCAAAUGCUUCUUUCAUUCAAGAAACAAGGUGCUCAUCUUGUUGAAGGUUCUUUUUCUAAUCAUCAAAGCCUUGUAGAUGCUGUGAAACUAGUUGAUGUUGUUAUUUGCACUAUGUCUGGAGUUCAUUUUCGAUCUCAUAACUUGAUGAUGCAACUUAAACUUGUCGAGGCUAUCAAGGAUGCCGGAAAUGUCAAGCGCUUUCUACCCUCAGAAUUUGGGUUGGACCCAGCUCUCAUGGGACAUGCACUUGAACCUGGAAGAGUCACGUUUGAUGAAAAAAUGACUAUAAGAAAAACAAUUGAGGAUGCCAACAUCCCUUUCACUUACAUCUCCGCCAAUUGCUUCGCAUCCUACUUCGUCGGCAACCUCUCUCAAAUGGGGACACUCUUUCCUCCUCAAGACAAGGUCGUUCUCUACGGCGAUGGCAAUGUCAAAGUUACUUACAUGGAUGAAGAUGAUGUUGCAACAUACACAAUUAAGACAAUUGAUGAUCCUCGUACAUUGAACAAGACCAUAUAUCUAAGGCCACCAGAAAACAUUCUCACUCAAAGAGAGUUAAUUGAAAAAUGGGAGAAACUUAUUGGAAAGCAACUAGACAAGUCUCCUUUAUCUGAACAAGACUUUCUUUCUUCCAUGAAAGGUUUUGACAUUGUAGGCCAAGUUGGAGUGGGGCAUUUCUAUCAUAUUUUCUAUGAAGGGUGUUCGGCAAAUUUUGAAGUAGGGGGUGAACAAGAAGCAUCAAAGCUUUAUCCAGAGGUGCAAUACACACGCAUGGAUGAAUUUCUAAAAUUAUAUGUGUGAUAAGAUUAUUUAUAUAAGCAUGAAAAUUUGUACUUUUUAUUCUUCAAAUAUUUUUUUUAUUGGCCGAAAUCGCUAGUUCGGAUGCCAUUACCGAAUUCGAACUCUGAUACCUUCAUUUUAUGUGUGUGAAUUUUUAAUGGUUUGUCAUUUCGUCUCUCUAUCCAAAAAUAAUUAUGGGUGAUGAAUUGAGGGGAAAUAUCUUUGAUUAUGCAUUUGCAAGUUAUUUACUUUGUCAUGUAAAGGGAAAUUUGUAAUCAUCUUUGCUUUAAUGUGAACUUAUUUCAUUUUCUCAA